UCUGGAAGGCGGAAGUAGGGCGCUGGGUUUGUUAGUGCUGUACCGGGGGAUCUGGGUUGUGAUUCGGUGUCUGAGGUGGGGGUAUGGCUGGCUGGGCAGGAUUCUCCGAGGAAGAACUUCGGAGGCUUAAAACGCCACAAGACUUACCCCAUACCCAGGAUCGCCCACGUAGACCUCAAAUGACAAACAAGAGCCGUCAACAGUUGCAGAGAGAGAAAGCACUUCAGAUACAGAGCCAGAAAUUGGCAAAACAAGAUGGCCCCCUCUCUGCACCUUCUGAUCAGAAGCUUUCUAGACCCAAGGUUAUUGCGCCAGUGGAAGUACCAUCUCCGCCUGUAGGCCAUCCAGUAACUCCUGAGCCAGGAACCAGAGAAACCAACGCUAGACACCAAGACCUCAGUAAAGAACAAGACGAACAGCCGGCUAAAAAGGAAAUGGAAUUGAAAGAAAAGCCUCGAUUGGAUCAGCUUCAGCUGGAGCAGCGGCUAAUGGAAGAGAAGAAUAAGCGUAAGAAAGCUCUUCUUUCAAAAGCUAUUGCAGAAAGGUCUAAAAAAACCCUGGCAGAAACGGCAAAACUCAAGAGGAUACAGAAACAGCUUCAGGCACUGGAUGAUCUGGUAUCCACAGAUAUUUCUAUUUUAAGGAACCGUAUUGAACAGGCGUGCGUGGAGUAUUCCCAAGCCAAGAAGCGAUUUGACAAGGCUGAGACUGAGUAUGUUGCAUCCAAGCUUGAUUUACACAAAAAGACUGAAAUAAAGGAACAGCUGACAGAACAUCUUUGUACUAUCAUACAGCAAAAUGAGAUGCGGAAAGCUAAGAAACUGGAGGAACUCAUGCAGCAGUUAGACGUUGAAACUGAUGAGGAGAAGCUAGAACUCGAAAUUGAGGUGGACCAGAUGUUGCAGCAGCAAGAGAUUGAGGCAAGAAGGUCGAUAGUAGCAAAUCAAGCAGAACAGGACCAAACCUUCUCAUUAGAAGACUGUAACCAAUCAACAGACACAAAAAAGGAAACCACUGCAGAAAAUAGUGAUGUAGAAAAGUCAACAAUCCAUCUUGAAGAAAAGACGAUUGUCCAAGAAAGCAGCACAAAUACCGACACUAAUAUGCCUUCCAGUUAACAGCAAGCAAAUGUUCCAUUAAGUUAAAUUACCCAAACUCAUGCUUAGUUAGUACACUGAUAAGAGAUGCAGAACUUUGGGCAUCAAUCAUAGAUGUGUCCUUCUCUGGGGCAUUCAGUUGCAUAUAAUACUGCCCUAUAAACAUUAUUUAUAUAAAAUGGGUGCAAUGUUUAAUGAGGAGAAAGGUUGUUGUUUUUUUUUUUUGUUUUUUUUUGUUUUUAAAGCCAUAAUGUUUUCAAUUUGAGGUAAAUCUGGGUAUGUUUUUAUUCCUAUUUUUAGUUUUGUGGAUUUUAAAAGGACAUCUUCAACACUUUACAACCUCUAAAAUACAUGUAUAUUAUAUAUGUAAUAAUCAUUUAUGGAAAAAAAAUGAUUUAAGUUAAGAGUUCCAUUGUAUAUUUUGUUCACAAGCAUAAGUUUUCUUACCUGUUCGUAAAGUCUGAACCAGUUUGGGAGAUUUAAAUUUUAUAUAUGUCUUAAUCUUUCAAAAAUAGAAAUGUUAAUGGUUUAGUUUAUUUUUAUCAAUUCGCAAAAUGCAGAAUAAGAGAACCGAAGAAAAAUCUAAAACAAAUAUUUGAUGUCACUACCCGUUGCCUUUUUAAACUGCAUAAGUUCACCUGCACACAGUUGUUGAAGGAACUCAACAGGUAGUUCUCCAAGAUGCUUUGAACACCCUAACCACAGUUGUUUUGUGGAUUUCGGCAGCCUCAGUUGCAUCUGUUUCUUCAUGUUAUACCAGCGAGACUUUAUGAUGUUGAGAUCAGGGCUCUGUGGGAGGCUGUGCCAUUACUUCUAGAGCAUCUUGUUCUUCUUUAUGCUGAAGAUAGUUCUUAAUGAUUUUGGCUGUAUGUUUGGGGUCAUUGUUAUGCUGCAGAAUAAAUUUGGGGCCAGUCAGAUGUCUCCCUGAUGGUAUUUCAUGAUGGAUAAGUAUCUGUUCGGGGCUUCAUUUCUGCAAAUAGAGCUGGGGAUUUGGUCAGAAUUAAUGAUCUCUAAGCAUUGAAGAGACCAUUAAUUCUGAGCAAAUCCUCUGCUCUAAUUGCAUAAAUGCACCCCCAAACUUGCAAAGAACCUCCACCAUGCUUUACUGUUGGCUACAGACGCUCAUUCUUGUACUGCUCUCCAACCCUUUGGUGAACAAACUGCCUUUUGCUACUGACAAGUAUUUCAAAUUUUGACUCAUCAGUACAGAGUGACUACUGCCAUUUUCUGCACCUCAGUUCUUGUGUUUUCUUGCACAGUUGAAACGCUUGGCCUUGUUUUCACGUUAAAGAAUACAUUUGAUCAGACUUUUGUGGACAGUAGAUGGUUGUACCAGGGUCCCACGGAUUUCCUUCGAUUUUUGAACUGUUGCCAUUGAUGGACAUCUUCCGAUUACAAAGGCAAAUGAGCAUGAUAUGCCCUUAAUCUGCUGCACUAAGUUUCCUUGGCCGACCACUGCAUCUACAUCAUCAACAUUGCCCAUGUCUUUGUGCUUCGUCAGAAGAGCUAGGGCAACUUUCAGCCUGGGAGAGACCUUGUUGAUGCAGGAUAACCUUGUGUGUUGUUGCUUUGCUCAAGCUUGCAAGUAUGACUUUUCACAUUAAACUGUCUUCAGCAACUUCACCUUGUUAGCAGAUUUUGGCUGUUCCUCACCCAGUUUUAUUCCUCCUGCACAGCUGUUUCUGUUUCAGUUAACAAUUGUGUUUUAACCUACAUAUUAAAUUGAUAUUUAUUAGCACUCGUUUGGUAGAGUUGUUUAAUCAUGCAACUUACUAUAUGCCUCCAAAACCCUGACUUUGCGCAAGUGUUCUUAGAAGAAUUGAUUCAGUUUUGAAGGCAAAAGGGUGGUCACACCAAUUAUUGAUUUUAUUUAGAUUUUUCUUCUGUUCACUAACUUUGCAUUGUGUUAAUUGAUUAAAAUAAACUAUUAACAUUUGCACAGUACUGUGUGUAGCAUGUUAUAAAUUGUUUAAUGAUUGACCAAUAAUUAAGAUUGUCGUAAAAUAAUAAAGUCAAUAGAUAUAAUAGAUAGAGUAUAUGCUACAAUAAUAAUCUUGGUGUUUUCUCUAUUGAAAUAAGAGAUACAGAAUGUAUCUGUAAAUGUAUGUCUUGCAUGAUUUUCCUAUUAAAUAUCUCAGAUAAUUUUUCAUCUAAUAUUUUAUUAAACCAUUCUUCAAUCCAAUAAAAUGGCCACAGUCUUUUCCAGAACCAUCAUAAACCUCAUUUUUAAAAAAUUAGAGUAUUGUAGGUGGUAUGAAUAAACCUUGGGAUGGAGAGAGAAUUGUUUUAUUUUUCCUUUUAAUUCAUUUAAUUUCUUUCUGUUCUAAUGUAUCACUAAGUCAGUGAGGGGGGGGGGGGCAUGAAUUGAAUGAUAAAGUUGGAGGGGAAAUAUAGGGUGUUGAUUUUUGUUAACCUAAACUCAUGUUUGGCUGCUAAUAUUCAUGUAUUUUAUGUGUCCAAUAGGCUUUUAAUCAAAAUUUGAUUUUCAAUAUCCAAAUGUUUAACUUCACCAUUUCCAAUAUUUUGUUUCAUAAACUUACACAGAAAAUUUCAGACUUUAAAUAAAAGUCAGAGGACUGGCAAUUAAAUUAAAUUACAUUUUUGUUCAUUUCUUUUUAACACCAAAUAAAAUGUAUCUACUUUAACAUUCAAAUGUUUUUUUCUCUGAAUUUAAUUCAAACCCCUGAUUCAAUGUAUAUCUAGAAAAUAACAUUAGAAAUAAAAUGUAAUAUUCAAAUGUUGAUUGCCAUAGAUGUAAAAUUCAAAGGUUGAUUCUCAUACACUUUGACAGCAUUAUUUUUGUGAAUUGAUACUCAAUGAAUUUCAAACGGUUUUAGCUUAAGGAUCUACAUUAACAUUGCACUUCAAGACUUUAAAGGGACACCUGAACCCAAAUUUUUUUCUUUUGUGAUUCAGAUAGAGCAUGCAAUUUUAACCAACUUUCUAAUGUAUUCCUAUUAUCAAUUUUUCUUCGUUCUCUUGCUAUCUUUAUUUGAAAAAGAAGGCAUCUAAGCUUCUUUUUUGGUUCAGACCCUGGACAGCACUUUUUUAUUGGUGGAUGCAUUUAUCCACCAAUCGGCAAGAACAACCCAGGUUGUUUACAAAAAAUGGGCCGGCAUCUAAACUUACAUUCUUGCAUUUCAAAUAAAGAUACCAUGAAUGAAGAAAAUUUGAUAAUAUGAGUAAAUUAGAAAGUUGCUUAAAAUUUCAUGCUCUAUCUAAAUCAGAAAAGAAAAAAUUUGGGUUCAGUGUCCCUUUAAUGUAACAAUAUUUUUCUGUCCUAAGAUCUUAUUACAGCAUUCAACUAUGACAUGGUUGCCCAUCCUAAGGGCUGUACGCUGCAGUGCCCUGCGGCUGGACAAUUGUGGUAUUUUAAAGCAAUUUAUCUGGGACUGUAUGACGCUCAACCAAUGUGCUGCAUUUAUUUGGAAUAUCAAAAUAGGACAUUAAACUCAACAGUUUGUGGAAAUAUGUAUAAAAUAUCUUUACAUAAAACGCUAAAUGUUCACAGACAAGUCUUCCAAUUUUUUUUUGUGUGUGUUAGUGGUAGUUUUUAAGUCAUAUUGUCAUUUUACAUCAUUAUGUUGUUGUUUAUCUGGUAGUGAUUAUAACAUGUUGAUCAACUCUGUUUUCCCUGUUAAUAUUGCAAAUUCUAUAUUUUAUUUUUCUGUAUUUUGUAUGCAUUUUCCAUUAAAUAAAUUUGUAAGCGUG